GCCGCGGCAUUCGUGAACAGAUCGCGUCGCGCCGCAGGUAGAGUCAGUUUGAUUCGCGAGCGGCAUCAUUUCGGAGUCGAAAGGUUCUAAACGCGAACGAUUUCAUUUCAAAGAUGCGCAAGAUCGGUUCCCCAAAUUUGGGUCUAUGAUCCAAUCAGUAAACUGUCAAUUCUUUUCUUAAAUUUAAAAUCAGUAUAAAGUGAUCGAGAAACCGAUUGACAGGAGUAUAAUGUUGUCCCCGUUAAAAGGUGAACGAGAAUCGUGAUGAGCUUGGAGACGACGUUGAUGCCUAAUACGGCACCGAUCGAGGCCGAUAGAUUCCAAGCGUUUUUCGAAAUUCACGUCAGUGACGAUUUGCCAACUGCAUUCAGUGCAUUCGUAAUUGGUGUUUUGCCGUAGUCGUUCUAAAAACUUGUGCCGGUUAAUUAUCCGACUCGAGAGAAAGUCGAUGGCUACUUUGCGUGUUCCGACCGGUCGACAGAUACCUAACGCGGCGAUUCUAACUUGGGUGAAACUUUUGAGCUGGUGUUUUCAACUUAUGUGACAUUGUACUAAUAAAAUAAUAAAUUUUGAUACAAAUUUCAUCACAGAAACGUGUGUGUAUUGCGGGUACAGGUGAAAAGUUCAUAAAACAUAAAAGAAAUGUGUGAAAAUUGUUUCGAGAUUUUCAACGAAGGAAACGUUUGUUGUAAAUAAUCGAGGAAUGCGUAUUGUACGGAUUUGCAAUUGCUCCACAUCGUACCUAGUGAUCGGCGUCGGGUAUGAAGAAAUCGAUAGGUCAUCGCAAAAAAGAAUAACAACAAAUGCGUUUGGAUAGAUGACAAAUGCGUGUUUGUAUAGACGCGAUUGGUCGUGCCACCAUUUGAUAAAUGUCAUCGAGGGAACUAACUAUCAAAGUGUUUCGGUUUACCGUGGCUCGGUUCGAGCAUAUCGAACCAUGUAUCGGCGAGUUGAAUGUGGUCCCGUUGACAUUUCACGUAUCGUAGACCAAUGUAGCGCGAUGUUUGUCAGAUUGACCAUCGUUAUUGCGGCGCUAUGCCUGUGGAAUGGAGUUGAAAGUCAGUUCAGCGACAACACACCUCCUGUAAUGUGGAUAGAUCGAAAUUUGGUGCUUCUGGAUACGGAACCUGUAGGAAGUGUGGUGACUAGAGCCCGUGCGGAAGACAACGAACAAGAUCAGCUAACUUAUGGCUUGGAACCUCUUGGACACAACUACAACGGAAAUGACAGUCCGCAACCGCCGCUUCCUUUCUUUAUCGACAAUAGCACCGGCAUUAUCUACGUUAAUGAAACGCUCAAAGGCAAAGGAGGGCAGAACCUGUUCCUUUACGUGACCGUCUCCGACGGUCAGCUCACGACAAAGACCGAAGUCUACGUCACUAUCAAGAACACUUCGGGUCCCAAGGAACCCGACUGGACCAGGAGCCCUGUAGGUUCUGCUGUCAGAAGACGCCCGCCAUUGUUACCGGGAGUAGUUCCUGGACAGGGAUUAUUCCGUAAAUUGGGGAUACCGCCGUCACCAGUUGCUGUGCCACCCAUUCCGAAAACGACAAAGUUACAGCCUGAAGACGCGAAGCAGGUCGAGGUUGAUCCCGGUCCUGGCACCACCGGUGUUCCACAACAGCCUAUGGAGGAGAACGAGGUCGAGGGACCACCUCUCAGCUCGAAAAUUGCACCUGCCGAGGCACCGCCUUCCCAAGAUAUAGCGAUCACCUUGAUACCAGUCAUGGCGGUCUGCGUGCUCGUCGUGGGCCUCGGUAUGGGUGCCUGGUCCCUCAGAAACAAAUUUUGCAGGAAUCGGAAAUCCAAAGAAGACACGAAAGAACAAGCUUCGGUCAGUGUCUCAAAUAUAUCGGACGAUCCAUCGCUCGUCUUAAAAAGAUGGCGAGGACCAAAAGCGCAUAACAAUCGGUACGAACCCUGGGAAAAAGAGAAUCAAAGUGCACAGAACAAACAAGAAGACAAAUGGGAAUUUCCACGGCAUCGAUUAAAGGUCUUUAAUAUUCUCGGCGAGGGUUGCUUCGGUCAAGUUUGGAAAUGCGAGGCCUUAGAUAUUGAUGGGAAAUCAGGAGCAACCAUUGUGGCGGUGAAGACGUUAAAAGAAAAUGCCACUGAAAGAGAGCGGCUAGAUCUUGCACAAGAGUUACGAGUCAUGAAAAAUUUGGAUCCCCAUCCCAACGUAGUCAGAUUGUUAGGUUGUUGUACAGAACGCGAACCGAUGUUCGUAAUUUUAGAAUACGUAAGCGGUGGAAAGCUACAAAGCUUUCUAAGAGCAUCUAGAGAAGAAAGAAAUCAUGGUGGACCCGGAUUGACGUCCAGGGACUUGACUGGAUUUGUUUACCAGAUAGCCAAAGGUAUGGAAUAUCUGGCUUCAAAAGGAAUUAUACACAGAGAUCUAGCCGCGAGAAAUAUAUUGAUAGACGAGAAUCGUGCAUGCAAAGUCGCAGACUUUGGAUUUGCAAGAGAUGUGGCUGCUAAUCAAAUAUACGAAAGGAAGUCCGAAGGUCGGCUGCCCAUAAGAUGGAUGGCACCCGAGAGUCUCUACGAUAACAUCUUUUCCGUGAAAUCGGAUAUAUGGAGUUUCGGGGUACUAAUAUGGGAGAUUGUAACGCUGGGUUCUACGCCUUAUCCCGGCUUAGCCGCCGCAGAGGUAAUGAGGAGAAUCAAAGAGGGCUACAGACUAGACAGGCCAGAACACUGCAAGAGAGAACUUUAUAACAUUAUGUAUUAUUGUUGGGACAAAGAUCCAGCAUGCAGGCCAUCCUUUGGGGAACUCGUCAGUUUAACAGAAGGCCUUUUACUCGACGAAACCGAUUACAUCGAAUUAGAUAGGUUCCCGGAUCAUUCGUAUUAUAAUGUACUCAAUCUCAGCGGGGAGAAAUUGUAAACGACGUACUCAUAAUAGUAUAUUAAGUACAGUGGGUACCAUUGACAUUCGCUAAUUAUUCUCAAAUAAUAAAAAUCGUGUACAGUUUUAAAGUAUAGCUAAUAAAUAUUGUUCAGUUCGAAAGAUUUUAUUGAAUCAAGUACAGAAUACUAAAAUUCGAUUCUUAAAAAAUUGAUAUCUGCGUUAUUUCGUCAAACAUGACUGAUUUGUAUGAAUGUUCAAUAUUAUAAUUAGGUUUGUAAUUAUAAAUGACUCGAUUAUAUAGUUUUUUAAGUCUUUCAGUCUGUAAAUACGCAAAACAAUUUAUAAAUCUAUUUUGUUAUCAUGACUGGUUAAUGAAAUCCAAUAAUUGUACAUAAAUUCAUUACCAAUAUAGGUAUUUCAAAACCA